CCGGCAUAUUAUUCUUUUACUUCCUGUUUUCAACAUGGCGGUGAUAGCGUGUGUUUUGACAUUUCUGUACGUUUUCUCCGCGUUUUACACUGUCAGUUGUUCAAAUUAUCAACCAAGGGCAAUUCAGCUUACUGAAGAUACAUGGCAAGAUAUCUUACAGGGAGAAUGGAUGGUAGAAUUUAUGGCUCCAUGGUGCCCUGCAUGUAGAGCUUUUCAAGAAACUUGGGAUGGUUUUGCAAAGAAAUGGAGUCGUGAUUUGGAUAUACAAGUUGGAGUGAUUGAUGUUACAACAAGCCCAGGUCUUAGUGGACGCUUCUUGAUCACAGCACUCCCUUCUAUAUACCAUGUGAAGGAUGGAGUAUUCCGACAGUAUGUGAGUGGACGGACAGAAAGUGAUCUCAUUACAUUUGUAGAUGAUAAAAGGUGGCAAGAUGUACAACCUGUUUCCAGAUGGACAGCUCCAGAUUCAAUACAGAUGGGCAUGGUGGGAUUAUUUUUCAAGAUGGCAAUGAAAAUAAGGGCAUUUUACACACUGAUGACAGAGGAGUAUGGGAUACCAGAGUGGGGAUGUUAUGUAAUAUUUGCCUUGCUGACUAUAGUGACAGGGUUACUCUUGGGACUGUUACUGGUAUGUUUAUGUGAUGUGAUUAGCCCAACAAAGGAGAUUCCCCCCCAUACCACAGGGAUUAAUGCAGCCUCAUUUAGAAAAGGAAAGCUGUGA